CUGUGGGUCCCGGCUCCGCUUUCCCUGCCGGGCUCCGGUUACCCCCGUGAAGGAACCCGGUGCGGGCGGACAAUGGAUCCGGUUCCCCAUCAAUGAUUCAUGGCCGGGAGCUCCCAGCGCUCCCGGUGCCGUCGGAGCCCCCGCAGGGGACCAACGCUGCCCGGACCCCCCAUGGGUGUCCUGAGCUGUGUCAAGUACCUGAUGCUCAUCUUCAACGCGCUGGUGUUUGCCGGGGGCACCAGCCUGGUGGCCGUGGGGCUCUGGGUGGCCGUGGACCCAUCCGGCUUCAGGCACAUCGUGGCUGCCAACAGGGUGCUGAGCGCCGGUGCCUUCCUGCUGCUGGCGCUGGGCACGGCCCUGGCGCUGCUCGGCUUCCUGGGCUGCUGGGGGGCCCUGCGCCGGAGCCGGGCGCUGCUGCUGGGGUUCUUCAUCCUCGUGAGCAUCGUCUUUGUCAUGCAGCUCGUUGGGGCCGUUCUCUUCCUGCUGCACUGGAAACAGAUGCAGCCGGAGCUGCUCCUGUCCGAGCUGCGGAGGAGCUACCGUGGGGAUGAGGGUGCCGAGGUCUUCUCCACGGCCUGGAACACCCUCAUGGUCACGUUCUCCUGUUGUGGCGUUUUAGGACCCGAAGACUUUGGGAACGGUUCCUGCUUCCAGGAGCUGCACCCGGGAACUCCGUGGCCACGUGUGUGCUGCACCCGCGAUGGGCUCCUGCAGGCAGGGCAGCUGCUGGGCUGGGAGCAGUGCCGGGACCGGAGCCCUGGCUACAUCCAUGAGCAGGGCUGCUUCUCUGCCUUCGGACGGACCUUGCAGCACUUUGUGUCUCUGCCUGGGAUCUGCAGCCUGGCCGUGCUGGGCAUUGAGAUCUUCGCCAUGUUCUUUGCCUUUUGCCUUUACUACAACUUCGACUGAGCAGGAUGAGGCCCGGCAGGGAGCAGCCCCAAGGCUGGAGCCAGCAGCAGGAAGGAUGCUCCAGGUCCUGGUGUGUCAGAGCAUUCCCUGCCUGCUCCUUCCCAAGUCCCAUCUCUGCUCCUAUGGACACAGAAGCCUGGGCCUGGCUCCCGUGCCUCAGAGCAGGGACAGGACAUGGGUUAAAGGCCCUGCAGGCUCCUGUGUGGAGCAGGAGGUGUCCCUCAUCCUGCAAGCCCUCUCCAGCUGAAGGGUGCUGGUGCCCAUCUCUCCUCCCCAUCCCACUGCCAGACCUGUGGGCACCCUCUGGGCUUUUCCUCACCGCACUGCACUGGUGCCUGUCACUGGUGAGACACCACAUCCAGGCACAGCUGCAUCCCCUGACCUGGGCCAGGCUGCAGCCAGAGUCUAACACGGCUCUGGAAAGCUGGAAUUCCAAGGGUCAGGAGACUGAAGCUUGCAGGAUUUGUGUCCUUUAGUGACGGGAGAGUAAACCAGGAACCAAAAUACUUGGUGCUGU